AUGUUUUCUCGACUAAAUCUCGGAAACCCAGCGCCCCCUCAGCAACCCAUCAACGUCGACACGGCAGGCAUAAGAGCCUAUCACCAGGACAUGCUACUCUACAUAUCGACACGCAUGUCCGACACGCUCCCAUCCAAUGCCCCUGAAACCAUCGCCAAACUCUACCGCGACUCCGGACUCAUCACUGCCGACGAACGAACCUGGGGACAAUUCCUCCGGGAAUCUCAUGACCAAGAAGCGUGCUCAGAGUUAAGAGAUCAGGAGCUUCCCGAGGAGGAUGAUACAGGCGCCUUGACAUUCGAGGAGAUUCAAGACGCGAGACUCAAUUUACACCCAGCAAACGGUGCCGCAUCUGGCCUCGAAGGAUACGAUGCCGAUGAUGAGGCUUCAAUAUUCGACUACUUCUCUCGGCUUCCCUCGCCAAUCUCCCCGCUUGCACGCCCUGCACACGUCGAAGUACCAGCACAAAGCCCACCACCAGCAUACGACGAUAUCAUCAUCACCGAAGACGACGAGGUAGAAAUGCUACCACCAUACAGCAGAGCCGACGGGCCUCCUGCAUACCCCGAGGUCGAACCCGUCGCCCCUCCUGCUCCCAUCGUGACAUGGGAGGAAAUAGCACCACCAGAACCGCAAGAGAACCCCUGGCGCGAAGCUGAGCAAGCGGCAUGGCCCAUUGUCCCGCUUACCGCCAACGAACGAGCAUUGGUUGAGGGAGGAGCGUUUUUUUUUGGGCUUGGUGGUAACGCCGAUGCGAUUUUGGAUCCAAUGAAUCUACAGAUGUUUCAGCAAAGUGGAAUUUGA